UACAUGUGAACUACAGUAACAAACUUUGAAGUUUCGCUCAACCAAAAAAUAUCCCCUCAAUUUUCUAGAAGAAUAACUCCAAGAAUUAAAAAAUCCCCCAUCCACAAAAAACAAUAAUCUCCAUAGUCAUUCAAAAGUGACAAAUUUUUUUAUUUUAUUCAUUUCAUCAUUUCAAACUCAAGGUUCACCCGCACGUUCUAUUUUUCAACGACAAGUCAAUCUGGUAAAUUCGUGAGGUUAUGACACGAUUUACCUUUCUCCUGAGCAAGGAAAUGAAUCAGGGGAAUAACUGAAAAAUAUAAUUGUUGACUGAGUAAUUUUUCAAGUGUCGAUUAAGAGGAUUGAGUUUUAAUCAUGGAUCACCCGAAUCACGUGAAGGACCAGCAGAAGAGCUAUGAUGCGGAUGAUGAUUUCGCCCUAAUGAAGAGGAUUAAAAUGGAGCCGGAAGCGAUUUUAGCACAGGACGAUGACAUCAUGGCACACCUUCACCAGGAGAGCUCUGAUCUCGAGGUCGAGCCUAGUUUUACAUUGGAAAGCAACAAUGGAGAGGACAACACAGAAGGGGUGCUUAUGCAACAUAUGGAUAUUAGAGAACCUCUUUCCACUCUCAGGAAUUUAUUGGAGCAGAGACUUGGUGUCGAGCUCAUUGAUUAUUCGUUCUGGCUCCAAGAUGCGCAGAUGCUGGAGAGUCAUAAAAACUUGGUAGACCAGUGCGUCCAAGGCGAGGGUCUCGUCCAGGUUAAUGUCCAGAUAAAAGCCGCCCAGAGAAGGAUAAACAUAGUGGAUGUGCUUAAACCAGCUGAGGACUACGUAGAUAUGCCGGAAGCAGCUCCCGUUGCUCCUCAAGCGGAUAAUAAACAGAACGUCAUCAGGUGGCUGGUUGAUGCUCAAUAUAAACAGGAACAGGAACGGUUGAAAAUUCCAACAGACCCGAAGAACUGGACCCAGACUCACGUAAAACAUUGGCUUCAGUGGGCAGUGAGACAAUUUAAUCUCGUUUCUCUCAGAUUAGCUGAUUGGAAUAUAACCGGAGCUCAAUUGUGUGAUCUCACUCUCGAAGAAUUCCAGGCGAAAGUUCCUCUGGAUCCUGGUGAGGUCUUCUGGACACAUCUAGAGCUGUUAAGACAGUGUAAAAUUGUUGCUGUCGUUCAGAAAGAAAGGCAAGACGACGGUUCGGCGGAAAAAUCCAUAAAAAUGCGUGCCAAUGCCAAGCCAUCGAAAGCUCGUGUGAUGAGUCAACACACACGACUAGUUGGUGUACCAGUUCAAGAGUCAUCCCACACACCACUAAUAACAUCAAGCCGCACAGUGAACAGUGGUCAAAUUCAGCUGUGGCAGUUUUUACUCGAAUUACUGACGGAUCGUGAGCACAGAGAUGCCAUUAGAUGGGUGGGUACUGAUGGAGAAUUCAAGCUGAAUCAGCCGGAAGCUGUGGCACAACUGUGGGGUGCACGUAAGAACAAACCAUCCAUGAAUUACGAAAAAUUGAGUCGUGCACUGAGGUAUUAUUACGACGGUGAUAUGAUUUCUAAAGUACAUGGAAAGAGAUUCGUUUACAAAUUCGUUUGCGAUUUGAAGCAACUCCUUGGAUAUUCGGCUGCUGAGCUCAGCAGACUGGUAGAAGAGGGCAAGAGAUAUUUUUGAUUUCUUUAACCUUUUUUUGCUUUCGAAUGGAUUGCUGAUUGAUAAUGAAUUUAAUCAUUGGGAAAGUGGUAAAACGCAAUCGAAAAAAAUUUAUCGAUUUUUCACAU